AUGAGACUGCGCUGCCUUCUGGGGGAGUACAGAGGAGCUGAAUGUCCACUGGACGGUGGCUGGUCAUCAUGGGGUCCAUGGGGACCAUGCCAGGGCCAGUGCGGGGCAGCAGGGCGACGUGUGAGGCGAAGGCUGUGUGACAGCCCUCGUCCAGCCCAGGGCGGGGCCUCGUGCCCCGGCUCUGAUGUUGACAUUGAGACCUGUGCUGUUCCAACUCUGUCAGUAAGGCAGCUCAUUUAUUCAUUGGAUCAUUUGCUUACCACAGUGUGUACAAUGGAACAGCUGGAGGAGUUGCUUGCUGGAGACCCAGUUCGACAAAAGGCAAUGGAAGCGGUGCAGCAGAUUCACCAGAAAUACCCUGCUCUCCUGGAACGUUGCCUCCUACGAAAUUGUUACUUUGAUACUGUCAAAAAUAUUCUGCAAGCAGAUGCGAUGCGAUACUGGAAUUCCUUGAUGUGUGUCAAGCACAAUGUUGGUUGUCCAGUCCGUGGGGGAUGGACACCAUGGAGCGACUGGACUCGCUGUAGUGCUGUGUGUGGUCAGGGCAGUGAGUACCACUGGAGGAACUGCUCUGAUCCACCACCCAGCAUCCCAGAACUGAUGUGUCGUGGUGUUGCUUUUGAAAGCAGGGCAUGUACAGGGAGUGGCUGUGCAUCCAAGAAAGAUGGGGUGUGGUCAGAUUGGAAGCAAUGGUCAAGCUGCACUGCUAAAUGUGGGAAAGGAGUUAUGAAGAGAGAACGGGACUGCUUGAGAGCUCAAAAACGUGAAAUUCAAAAUGUUCUUAAGAAGCACUCUCAUAGUAGAUCUUCCUUAUUGGUUGCCAGAGAGAGAAAGCUCGCAUUUGUUGCUUCACCCUUUCACUUGAGAUGGAUGAGAGCUGUUAAGUCUGCCAGCAGCUGCUCAGGAGCCAGGGAGGAGAUGAAGGAAUGUCAGAGUAGUGAUUGCUCAGGUAAUGCAAACUUCAACUGUCUGUUUAAUUCAGAAAAAGCUCCUGCUCAGAUUGCUGAUUUGUCACAGAUGAUUUUUCUCACAGUGGAUGGAGGCUGGUCUCAGUGGGAUGUGUGGUCACCAUGUUCAGUCCCAUGUGGCUUGGGUGUCCAGAGCCGCAGUCGAUCCUGCAGCUCCCCCGUACCUCAGGGCAGAGGAGCUCCCUGCACAGGUCCAACAACUGAAGUGCAACAUUGUUACCCCCGACCAUGCUCUGUGAAAACACAUGAAGUGGCAACAUUUGUGGGUGAUGGUGUGUUACAUUACUCUUCCACUGGCAGGCCAGCAAGAAUGCUAUUAACAUACUUGCGGUUCCGACCACAGGGACCUUUUGGUGCACUAAUCAGGCGCCAGCAGGAGGAAUGUGUUGGCUACACUUGUGAUAAUGUUCGCAUUGCUCUUGAGGGUGGCUUUCUGGUGCUGACUGUGCUGUCUGCAGGAUGCUCAGCAGUCAUUAUUGGUGGCAACAAGGUUGAGAUUGAUGUAUGGCAUGAAAUUCUUGUGACCAUAACCACAAGUUUUGUUACAUUGAGAGUCGAUAACUCUUUUGAAAGGCACCAAUCACCAUUCACUUGCAUCUUGAGAAAUCCAGACUUUGACCAGCCAAUGAAAGUUGGUGAAGGAUUUCAUGGCCAAAUCCAACAACUUGUAAUCAAUUUUGUUCCCCUCAGGCUGCGUCACACUGAAAUCCAGGAACAUACUUACUUUAUAAAAAACCUCAUACACAUUCAAUUUCAUGGUAAACACAUCAUAAAGAUACCAACACGGAAAUAUCAUGUGUGGCUGUGGAGAUACCAACUUUCUGAUGGAAAAAUGUGA